AUGUGCGCCGAUUUAGAGCGGCGAGUAGGCGAUCAAGUGGCGCGUCGUGAAAGCCUCGCGCGAUCGUUGUUAAUGCGCAAACGAGUCCAACCAAGUGCUCGGACCAGGGUCGCCGCGUCAAGGUCUGCAGGCAAAGAAGAGAGAACGCCGGCCAAUCGUUGGAUUAGCAUGCUUCCUCUGGAUGUAUCGCUCUCUCCACGCCGGGGUGGCGCAGACAGGGUGAUACAGCCCGACGCCUCUCGCAUACGCUCUCUUGGCCGCUCUACUGACGUGGCCGACGUCGCGACCCCCAUUGGCCUGACAGUAAUUGCGAGCGUGUCUUACGUCACUCCGCCCCUCCUUACGCCAGUGGCAGCAAUCACUCGCACGGCUAGUCGGGCCAGAGAUGGACCUACAGAUGGACAAUCAGACGCCUGCACCAAUCAGAAUGCGGAAAUGCAUCGUCGCACCGUGUGGACCAAUCGUAUACCAGCGUUUGCCUUUGUCAGACCGGGAGACCGCGGGUGGAGCCAGGACUUCUGCCUCCGUGCCUACGUCUGUCCGCUCUUCGGACUGUUCGUGUAUCCGCACCGCGGCCGAGGGCGUCGCGACCUGCUUCGUGUGCGUCUUUCGGUGAAGUUUGAAUGGCUCAAUGAAUGGGAAAAGGUCGGAAGUAGGCCGCGUGGCCUCGGCGAGAAAUGCGUAGGUGGGGCCAAAUCUAGUUGUGGAGACACGCGUAGGCGGGGCCAAAUCCAGUUGGCGAUAAACGAGCAAGCCCUCCUCAGAGCCACCGAUUCAGGUCUUGGGUAUCUUCUCCAGGAGAUCUUUGACUUGGCUCCAAAAAGCCUUGAUUAG